AUGGGUAUUGAUCAAGAACGUCAUCGUCCCGGACUAUUAAAACAACAAAAUAAGGCUCAUAAACAUGGGCGACAUAGAAGUAAGGGUGCUAUACACGUAGCUGAAAAAGGAAGAACUGCAGCUAAGGUUAUUACCAAAAGAUUUAAAAAUAGUAUUUCUAAAGAAGAAAGAAGAAAUCAAAUGAUAAUUAAUCGUAAGAAAAAAAGAAAUGAAAUUUUACAAAAAAAGCGACAAUUAGGAAGUCCAAAAACGCCGCCUUUUCUUGUGUCUGUAAUCCCUUUGAAUUUUGAUGUGGAUACAGAAAAGUUGAUAAAAUUAAUUAAAAACUGUUAUAAGUCAGAAAAUGUUGCCAUAAGUCCUGAAGGUGUAUUACAUGUCAGUUGUAAAGUUACAAAACAGACUUUUUCAUUUGUAUUGCCUCAAAAAGGUAAUAUGUAUGCAGUGUUAGAUACUUUAAAAGUGGCCAAUACAAUAAUGUUUGUUGUUUCCGCUCUAACUGAGCAAGUGAUAGAUGAAGAAUCUGAAAAAAUUCUAAUAGCAAUAUUAGCUCAAGGUUUACCAUCAAGUAUUGUUGCAGGAGUCGACCUGGAAAACUUACCUAUGAAAAAAAGGUCAAAUUAUAAACAAGAAGCCCAAAAGUCAAUUUCUAAAUGGCUGCCAGAUGAAAAAAUUUUUUAUGUCGAUAAAGAUGUUGAUGUUUUAAAUUUACUGAGGAAAAUAGGUAGUCAAAAACAAAGAAGCAUUAUACAGAGAGAUAGAAGGCCUCAUUUAUUGGCUGAAAAAUUAGAUUUUACUUUAGAAGAAAAUAGUAAUUUAGGGGUUUUAAAAGUGUCAGGUUAUCUUAGAGGUAAACCGCUUUCCGUUAAUUCGUUGGUUCACAUUCCCGGUUGGGGAGAUUUUCAUAUGAAACAAAUAGAAGGCUUAGAAUAUGAGCAAUCAAUAUCUGAUAAGAUGGACAAAAUUCCCGUGACAAAACUCUUGGCCGUUGCUGAUCCUGAUAAACAAGCUAGUUUGGAAUCGGAGAACAUCCCUGACCCAAUGGAUGCAGAACAAACUUGGCCUACGAAUGAAGAAUUAGAAGAAGCUGAGAAGGAAAGAAAAAAUAAAAAAUUAACUAAAAAAAUACCUAAAGGAAUGUCUGAUUAUCAGGCUUGUUGGAUUCCCGAUGAAGAUAUCGAAGAAAUUGAUGAUGAUGAUGAUGACAAUGAUUUAGAUGAAGAAAUGGACAAAAUGUCUGUAAUAGAUGAAGCCGGUGAUGAAAUGGAUGAACCAAAAGUUAGAUUCAGCGAUGAAAAAUCAGAAAUUUUGAGUGUUACAGAGGAUGAAAUGGAUGCUGAAAAAUAUGAUGAAGCCAUGGAUAUGGAUGAAGAAAAGAGAGCUAGGGAAAAAAUAAAGGAAGCUAAAUUGGACCAAAUGUUUCCGGAUGAAAUUGAUACUCCUACUGACAUGCUUGCCAAAGAUCGAUUUCAAAAAUACAGAGGUUUGUCAUCGUUUAGAACGUCUCCUUGGGAUCCGAAAGAAAAUUUACCCUAUGAUUAUGCUAGAAUAUUUCAAUUUGAAAAUUUUAAUAGAACGAGAAAACGUAUUUUUAAAGAAAUUGAAGAAGAUUUAGCUGAUGGCGUGCCUAUCGGCACUUACUUAACUAUUCACAUUAAUAAAGUUCCAUUAAAUUUAUAUCAAUCUCGUCACGCUCACGAACCAAUUAUAGUCGUUGGCAUGUUAGAACACGAACAAAAAAUGUCUGUCAUCAAUAUGGUGUUGAAAAGAAAUCAAAAUACACCAUGGGCAGACAUACCGAUCAAAGCAAAAGAAGAAUUGAUUUUUCAAUGUGGAUAUAGAAGAUUUAAAUCGAAACCUAUUUUCAGUCAACACACGUCCGGGAGUAAACAUAAAUACGAAAGAUAUUUUCAACCGAAUUCGGUUACCGUUGCCACCGUUUACGCUCCAAUCAUUUUCCCUCCAGCAUCAAUUUUAGCAUUUAAAGAAAAUCCCAACGGAACUCAAGAUUUGAUCGCGUCGGGAAGCGUCCUUUCCAUAAAUCCCGAUCGAUUAAUCAUAAAACGAGUCGUCUUAUCCGGGCAUCCAUUUAAAAUAAAUAAAAAAUCCGCCGUUAUACGAUUCAUGUUUUUCAAUAGGGAAGAUAUAAAAUGGUUCAAGCCCGUGGAAUUAAAAACGAAAUGUGGUCGAAGGGGGAAUAUUAAGGAACCUCUUGGUACUCACGGUCAUAUGAAAGCAGUAUUCGACGGUCAACUCAAAUCUCAAGAUGUCGUUUUGAUGCUUUUAUACAAGAGAGUUUUUCCAAAAUGGUUUUACGAUCCAAUUGUUAAAUACACGAAUUCAAAAUAUAAAAAUCUUUAUAAAAUAAUGGAAGAAUCCGAAGAAAUGGAUGAAAAUUAG